AUGCUGUCUGGAACUGUCUUCAUUUAUCUGCCUAAUCCUUUGUUCAUUCAUUCAAGAAAGUACCACUCCUCUGAAAUUUCUCAGUUCAUUCUCUUUCUUUAUUUUCUCUCCUUCUUUCUAUCGUUCUUUCUAUCUUUAUUCUCCCUUUCUUUCUUUCUCUUAUUCUCUCAUUCUUUCUUUCCUUCUUUCUAUUUUUCUCUCUCUCUUUCUCACUUUCUUGCUCACUUUCUUUCUUUUUAUUUUCUUUCUCUCUUUCUCUCACUCUUUCUUUAUCUCUCUAUCUUUCUCUCUCUUUCUUUCUUUCUAUUUAUUUUAUUUCUCUCUUUCUUUCUCUCUCUCUUUCUUUUAAUUGCAAUCAACUUGAUCUUUGUUAUUUUAAAAAUGUUUGCUUCUUUUCUUCCCGCUAAAAUUGUCCAUUCCUUACAUCUUCAUCUCAUCCAUCCUAUCAUCGUUUUUUUUUUCUCGCUCGAUUUUUUUCAAUUUUCUACUUCUUUAUUUUCUACGUUACUCUUUUUCUAUGUCGCUUCUUUCUCUCCAUUUUUCUGUUUCUUAAAUUCCGUUCCUUUCUCUCUUUAUUCUCCUCCCACGCUCUCACAUAUUUUAUCCUUCUCUUUUCCCUCCUAUUUCGCCACUCACUCUUCUCUGCCCCCCCCUCUAAUACGCACAUCUAUUUUUCAUUCUUCUUGCCUUUCUCCUUCGCAUGUUUUACUGAGAAGUGACAGAGAGUCGCCACUGCAGACUGCGAGCUUCAAAGUGAUUAUGUUUACUGGUCUCCUCCUUAAAUCCUCUUCGCCGACCAUCACUCAUACGCCUGUCAUGUCUUCGGAACUACAGAUAAAUGCUGCAUGUGUUUAUACCAGUGUCGAUACUAGUUAG